AUGUUUGUUACAAAUUGCUUGUCUUUGGCAUUGUUUCUAUACAUUUUUGAUUCAGUACACUCCAGAAUAAUUAAGUUUGAAGAAAUACCGAUUUCAUCUGGAGAGUUAACUUUGAAGUUUGUUCCAAAUAAGGAUACAUCAGGAGAAAAUAUUGGAAAAUUAAUAGUUCUUUUAAGAAAUAAGGAUAAAAUUGAACCAAAAACAAAAACAAUGCCGCCAGAGGUGGAUCAAUCAUUUAUACCAGAUUUGUUGAAUAAAGUUGGAAUAGUAGCUGAAAAAUGUCCAAUUGACUACAAGAGGGUUGGGUUCAUGUGUUUGUCAAAUAAGAAAACCAGU